CAAAAGUGAAAGCAUUCUGUUCCACUGAUUCACUGCGCAUCUCAGCUCUGUUAUUUCCAUCAUUUUCUCUUCUACUAUGGGUGUGGAAGACGAACUGAUCAAUGAGCUGUUCCAAUGGAUGGAGAAGCAGGAGGAAUGUGCGGAACAUCUCAUGAAUUUGGCAAAAGAACUGGAGGAGAUGACGGAAGCUAUGACUGCCGGCCAGAUGGUGGGGAACACAGUAACAGUGCUUGGAUCUGCUGUCCUGGUUGGAACAGGCAUUGCAACUUUUCUGACAGGAGGCCUGGCUGCACCCUUGCUGGUCACAGCAGCAGGUGUUACAGCUGGAGUUGGUGCUGUAACCAGUGUUACAUGUAAGCUCUUAGAGAGUUGGAAAUCCAGUAAAACAAUGAAAAAUUCAGAGAAGACUGACAGGAAAAUUAAAAAGAUUUGGAAGCAUAUUGAAAGUCUCCAGGAACAACUAUCAAAGGAGUGUGAAUUGACGAAUGACUUUGAUGAAGUGCAGUGUGAAAUCACAGCAAGAAUCUUGAGUGCAAUGGCCAAACGGAAUGGGAGAGAUCUGUCCCAAAGUCGUCUAACUUACUUCUUGAGAAAUGACCACACAAAUUUUCAUACACAUCAAUCGUGUUUUCAGAGCAAAGAGUUAGUCAUGGGUGGCAUUACUUUGCUACUAUUCCUUGGAUUUUACGACAUCCUUCUAAAAACAGCAUCUAAAAAAGGAGCAAAACAAGUUCCACAUUUUCUGAUUACUGAAGCUAUGGCUGCUCUUUCAUUGAAAACAGGAAACAAGUUAAAAGGAGCAGGCCUGGUCGUAGGAGGAGCCCUCGGCCUGGUGUUCUCAAUUCCUGAUCUGAUUGACAACUGUGAAAAACUGAUUAAGAACAAACAUCAGACAGAAGCUAGCAAAUAUCUGAGGAACAAAGCAUGUGAAAUUCGUGAUGCUGUCAAAAAAAUUAAAAAGCAAUUGAAUGAACUGCAAGAGAUGCUCAAUGAAAUCCCUGAAAUCGAGUGUCACAUUGAUUUGACUACAGAGAUGUGUGGCAACCAAAGAUACACAAGAGGCACCAUUUCCAUAGAGUCUAAAAAGACCAAAAAGCAGGACAGAAAAAAAAAAGAGUAUAUUUUAAUAUCCACAAAAGACAUGUGUGAAACCAAGACUGGUGACACAAGUAAACAGAAAUCAGCUGUCAAUUCAAAUAACAAAAAACAGGAUGGGAAUGAUUCUGGAGAAAAGAGGAAAGAAGAGGAAAGAAGAGGAAAGAAAUCCCGCCUUCCUACAAUAACCAUGUCCAACGUGCGUUCUAUUACAAACAAAAUGGAGGAUAUUGAAGAAAUGGUGGAGGAUGCUGAAUUAUUUGCCAGUGACAUGAUAUUCUUCACAGAGACAUGGUUAAAUAGCAACUCACCCCCAAUCAGGUUGGAUGGAUAUGAUUCUGUCCAGAUCAAUCGCGAUGCAGAGCUUACUCAAAAACGUAGAGGAGGGGGAAUGAUCGUCUUUGUAAAUAAGGCCUAUGCAAAAGAAGUGCAGGUGGAAAAACCCAUGUUGACCCAAGACUAUGAGUUAAUGGUUGUGUCCAUUAUACCACAUGGCCAUCCUCAGGAUGCUCCACCACUUAUCUUCAUCCAUGUUUAUGUACCAGGGCCUAAAUUUAAGAUAGCUGCCGCAGACAUAGCUGGUUUUUUCUUUGAUGCUCUGGAGGAAUGGCCAGAUAGUCCUGUUUUUUUGUUGGGUGAUUUCAACAGAUGUGACAUGACUCCUUUCUUGGGUACCAUGGAUCAAUACAUCACAUGCCCAACCAGAUACAAUAACACCCUGGAUUUGUGUUAUGGAAAUGUGCCUGGGGCUUAUAUAUGUGUUUGCAGAGCCCCACUUGGCCGGUCAGACCAUAAUGUUAUUCAUCUGAUUCCUAAAGAUCAGAAUGACCCUCCCAAAGAUGGGGAGUGUAAACAUGACCAUACCAAACCCAGUAAGCAAUGAGACGUGAGGCUUAUUAUUAUUGAUAGCUUGUUUUGUCCUAUAGAUGUAGGUGACUUUAGAUAAACUAAAAGAAAAAGCAUUGAAAAAGGAGAAAGGAUUAUAUUUGUAGAGAGAAAUGGAAUGAAGUUUUAAGUUGCUCGUGCCCAAAAUUCCAAUAAGAAUCAAAAACACAACUAUAAUAUAGUUACACCUGUGUUGAUGAAAGCACACCAGUGACCUCAAAUCAGUUUGAAUGUUUAGAUAACAAUGGAGCAAUACCUUAACAUUAGCUACUGAAACAUAGCCUAUUGAGAAACAUCUGUUAACUGUAACAUAAAGUCAUUUUGAUGUAUAUAGUAGUGUAGGGCCUCUAUUUUGUGGCCAGCACAGUAUACUUUUGUCUUGGAAAUCACAGGUAUAAGCCCUGCACAGUGGACAGGUGAUUAUGUGAUACUGGUGGUGGUUUCCUGACUUGCUUGUCCAACUCACCCCAAAGUGGCUCAAAAAUUGUUCUUAUCUGGUGACCGUACAGACAAUGGAAAAUGUUCACUUUUAUGUUCACUGUCACCGGUCUUGGAAACCAAUUGCAGCCCAAAUCAUCACUGUUAUUUAAAUGUUAUAGUAGAUGUUAGUAGACUCCUUUUUAUAUUAGUUAACCUAUUUAUAAUCACUAAGCAAUCUUUAUGUAAUCAUGCAUGCUACGCUGACUAAUCGUGUUAAAAUGAACUUAACUUUAACUUAAUCCAAGCAUUAAAUCUUAUUAUUAUAGGUUACUGCUAUGAUUAUAUGCCUAUAUAUCCAAUGUUAUAAUUAUAUUUAAAAUAAAAUACAAAAUAAUAAUGAUUUUAGAGUACUACACUUAGUAUUAAUCUUAGCAACCUUUGUGAUUUUGUUGCGGUUGUUGUUUUGUGUUUUCUAUUUUAUCAUUUUUAAUUAUUCUAUUUUUCUGUUAUUCAAGUUGAGAAAACUACAGAAAGAAAAUUUCUUAUAAUUUCUUAUAAAACCAAGAGACACAUACACAAUCGGCCCUAACAUUAAAUCCACUGGCCUUUUAUUGGGUAGAUCCUUCCUUCUGAGCCGUAGAGGCAUGGAAUCCACAACACCUAUGAUGGUGUGUGUAUUUAUUUAUUUAUUUAUUUAAAUAUGUUUAUUGUGUAUCAUUCAAAAUACCAAUAGCACUUUUACUGUUGCUGCGGGUCAUUUACACCAACAUUUAUUUACUAUGGUGAAAACUAACCAAUAUUGCACCAUUUUUUGCUUAUUAAUAUUUGUUUAUUCUUCUUCAAAAUACUCAUAUUUUUGGUGGGCCAGUGGGACAGAGGGAUGACCUGAAAGAAUUCAAUUAUUAUUCUGUUAUUUGAUUACUAAAAAUAUAUAUCACAUUAAUUGUCUUUAUACGUUAUCGUAGUUCGUAGUGAAUUAAUAUUGUAAUAGUAUUGUAUUCUGGAUCAUUUUAUUAUUACAUAUAAAAUAUUGUCACUCCUCAUGCACUUUGUUCAGUAGUAAGACAUUAUAAAGACAGUUGGAUCCUCUGUGUAGCCUUGUGUGGACUCUGGCUACUGUACAUCCUCUGCCCCAUGUAGAUAAGGUAAGCCUUGCAUACCUUCUUUUAAGGCAGAGCCACACUCAGUUGCAUCCUACAUAAUAAAAAUAUUCUCAUUUAUCUCCUUGAAUGAAAGACAAUAGUCAUGCCUCAGAAUUUAAAUUUUUGACACAAGUAACAUUAUAAAAACAAUGUACUAAAGUCUUGUAAUUUGGUGUCAAUUGUCUAAUUUGUGUAAUUGUGUAAAUUAUAAAACAAUAUACUACUAUAGGUUUGUUAUUAUUAUUAGCUACAUGUGAAUU